CUAAAGCAAAGUGAAGCAAAUGCAGAUACUAAGGAGAAGCUUCCAUUGCGUCUACGCAUCUUUGAAAAAUUUCCAAACAGGCCACAAAUGGUGAAAAUCUCCAAGCUACCUUCAGAUUUCACAGUUCCGAAAAUAAGGGAAAGUUUUAUGAAGCAGUUUAUUGAUCGCCAGCAACAAGAUACCAGCUGUUUGCUGCGAAGACUUCCCUCAGCAUCUUCUUCCUCGUGUGACCACUCUAAAAGAUCAGCAAUUGAAGAAAACAAAUAUAUUGAUCAAAAGCUCCGUAAAUCUGUUUUCAGCAUCAGAGCAAGAAAUCUUUUGGAAAAAGAGACAGCAAUCAAUAAAAUUCUAAGGGCCUGCACUAGACAACGCAUGCUGAGCGGAUCCUUUGAGGGGCAGCCUGCAAAGGAAAGGUCAAUACUUAGCGUCCAGCAUCAUAUACGACAAGAACGCAGGUCACUGAGACAUGGUUCCAACAGCCAGCGAAUCAGCAGAGGAAAAUCUCUUGAAACGUUGACUCAAGAUCACUCCAACACAGUGAGAUACAGGAAUGCACAGAGAGAAGACAGUGAGAUAAAGAUGAUCCAAGAAAAAAAAGAACAAGCUGAAAUGAAAAGGAAAGUCCAAGAGGAAGAGCUGCGAGAGAAUCAUCCAUAUUUUGAUAAACCACUUUUCAUAGUUGGUCGUGAGCACAGAUUCAGGAACUUCUGCCGAGUGGUGGUUCGAGCUCGCUUUAAUGCUUCUAAAACAGAUCCUGUUACUGGAGCUGUGAAAAAUACCAAAUACCAUCAGCUUUAUGACUUGCUGGGUUUGGUUACUUACCUGGACUGGGUCAUGAUCAUCGUUACUAUAUGCUCCUGCAUUUCCAUGAUGUUUGAAUCCCCCUUUAGGAGAGUCAUGCAUGCUCCAACACUCCAGAUUGCUGAAUAUGUUUUUGUAAUAUUCAUGAGCAUUGAGCUUAAUCUGAAGAUUAUGGCAGAUGGCUUGUUUUUUACGCCAACAGCUGUUAUUAGGGACUUUGGAGGAGUUAUGGACAUAUUUAUAUAUCUUGUAAGCUUGAUAUUCCUGUGCUGGAUGCCUCAGAACGUCCCCGCCAAAUCAGGAGCUCAGCUUUUAAUGGUACUCCGCUGCCUCCGACCUCUUCGAAUUUUCAAACUGGUCCCUCAAAUGAGGAAAGUGGUGCGAGAGCUGUUUAGUGGCUUUAAGGAAAUCUUUUUGGUUUCUAUUCUUCUGCUGACAUUAAUGCUUGUUUUUGCAAGCUUUGGAGUGCAGCUGUUUGCUGGAAAACUGGCUAAAUGCAAUGAUCCACACAUCGUCUCUAGGGAAGAUUGUCAUGGCAUCUUCAGAAUAAAUGUAAGUGUUUCCAAAAAUCUCAAUUUAAAAUUAAGACCUGGAGAGAAAAAGCCUGGAUUUUGGGUGCCACGAGUCUGGGCAAAUCCUCGGAAUUUUAAUUUUGACAAUGUGGGGAACGCAAUGCUGGCACUAUUCGAAGUUCUUUCAUUAAAAGGCUGGGUGGAAGUCAGAGAUGUUAUUAUUCAUCGUGUUGGGCCGAUCCAUGGAAUCUACAUUCAUGUUUUUGUAUUCCUUGGCUGCAUGAUUGGACUGACCCUUUUCGUUGGAGUUGUCAUCGCUAAUUUCAAUGAAAACAAGGGAACAGCUUUACUGACUGUAGAUCAGAGACGAUGGGAAGAUCUGAAAAGCAGACUGAAGAUAGCACAACCUCUUCAUCUCCCACCUCGUCCGGAUAACGAUGGCUUUAGAGCUAAGAUGUAUGAUAUAACUCAGCAUCCAUUUUUUAAGAGAACUAUUGCUGUACUUGUUCUGGCCCAGUCUGUGUUGUUAUCAGUUAAGUGGGAUGCUGCAGAUCCAGUGACUGUGCCUUUAGCAACAAUGUCUGUUGUUUUCACCUUCAUUUUUGUCCUUGAGGUCACAAUGAAGAUUAUUGCCAUGUCACCUUCUGGCUUCUGGCAAAGCAGAAGAAAUCGUUAUGAUCUCUUGGUGACUUCUCUUGGAGUUAUAUGGGUGAUACUUCAUUUUGCCUUACUGAAUGCGUACACAUACAUGAUGGGGGCGUGCGUAAUUGUCUUCAGGUUUUUCUCAAUUUGUGGGAAGCACGUGACACUAAAAAUGCUACUCCUUACUGUGGUUGUCAGCAUGUACAAGAGUUUCUUCAUCAUAGUGGGCAUGUUCUUACUGCUUCUUUGUUAUGCUUUUGCUGGAGUGGUUUUAUUUGGCACAGUGAAAUAUGGAGAGAACAUUAACAGACAUGCAAAUUUUUCAUCAGCUGGCAAGGCCAUUACUGUACUCUUCAGAAUAGUUACUGGAGAAGACUGGAACAAAAUUAUGCAUGACUGCAUGGUUCAGCCUCCGUUUUGUACACCAGAUAACAGCACCUACUGGAAAACAGACUGUGGAAAUUAUGCUGGUGCUCUUAUGUAUUUCUGUUCAUUUUAUGUCAUCAUUGCAUACAUCAUGCUAAAUUUGCUUGUUGCUAUCAUUGUGGAGAACUUCUCAUUAUUUUAUUCAACCGAAGAAGACCAACUUUUAAGUUAUAAUGAUCUUAGGCAUUUUCAAAUUAUAUGGAACAUGGUUGAUGACAAAAGAGAGGGAGUAAUCCCUACCUUCCGAGUGAAAUUUCUGCUGAGGCUUCUGCGGGGCAGGCUGGAGGUGGAUCUUGACAAGGACAAGCUGCUGUUCAAGCACAUGUGCUAUGAAAUGGAACGGCUCCAUAAUGGUGGUGAUGUCACUUUCCACGAUGUGCUCAGCAUGCUUUCAUAUAGGUCUGUUGAUAUCAGAAAAAGUCUUCAACUGGAAGAGCUGCUUGCUAGGGAACAACUGGAAUAUACCAUAGAAGAGGAGGUGGCCAAACAGACCAUACGCAUGUGGCUGAAGAAGUGCUUAAAGAGAAUCAGAGCAAAACAACAGCAGUCAUGCAGCAUUAUCCAUAGCCUACGAGAGAGUCAACAGCAGGAGUUGAGCCGAUUUCUGAAUCCUCCCAGCAUUGAGACAACACAGCCAAGUGAAGAUAUGAAUGCUAUUAAUCAGGAGAACAGUGCACAGCCAGAGACAAGUAGCCAGCAGCAGCUCCUUAGCCCAACACUUUCUGACAGAGGUGGCUAUCGACAGGACUCUGCAGAUGCUGGGAAACCUCAGCGGAAAUUUGGGCAAUGGCGUUUGCCAUCAGCCCCCAAACCAAUAAGCCAUUCAGUGUCUUCAGUCAACCUCCGCUUUGGUGGACGUUCAACUAUGAAAUCUGUUGUAUGCAAAAUGAAUCCCAUGUCUGAUGCUGCUUCUUGUGGAUCAGAAGUCAAGAAAUGGUGGACAAGACAAUUAACUGUGGAGAGUGAUGAGAGUGGAGAGGACCUUCUUGAUAUCUGA